CUCACGCCUGCGCAAUACAGGCUUUCCUUGUAGCUGAUGCAAGAGACUCGAACGGCAAGCGAAGAAAGAGGGGCAUCAACGCGGCUGAAAGUUAACGCGCAAGAAACGUCCGCUGCAUCCAGGCAAAAAUGUCGGGAGACGAGAUGAUUUUUGACCCCACCAUGACCAGGAAGAAGAAGAAGAAAAAGAAGCCCUUCAUGCUGGAGGAGGAGGGGACAGAAGCCCCCAGUGAGGACACCCAGCCCUUAGAGCCCAAGGAGGCUGACACAGAGGGUGGGGAGGAGCGGGAAAUGGACCACGAGGAGGAUGAGGCCAAGAAGAAAGAGCCCUCAGACAAUCUUGAUGACUUGAACUUCUUUAAUCUGAAAAAGAAGAAAAAGAAGAUAAAGAAGUUUAAUGAUCUAGAAGAUGGAAUGAAGGAGAUGAAGAUCGAGGCAGAGCAGCCAGAGCCAGUGGAUGAUGAUGAGAUUGUACCUGGACUGCUAUUGACCAGGAAGAAGAAGUCGACCAAGGUAGAUUUCAUGGAUGAGGGCGAGGCUCAAGACAACGAUGAAGCCCAGGAGGACGAUGACAGCAGAAUCAAUGACGGCAUCACAUUUGUUGCGCAGACGGGGCCGGCAUGGGCUGGGACAGAGCGAGACUACACGUAUGACGAGUUGCUGACCCGAGUCUUCAACAUCAUGCGCGAAAAGAACCCUGACAUGGUGGCCGGGGAGAAGAGGAAGUUUGUCAUGAAGCCCCCCCAGGUGGUCCGGGUGGGCACCAAGAAAACGUCUUUUGUCAACUUCACUGACAUCUGCAAACUCUUGCACCGUCAGCCAAAACAUCUCUUGGCCUUCUUAUUGGCCGAACUUGGGACGAGCGGCUCAAUAGAUGGAAACAACCAGCUAGUUAUAAAAGGAAGGUUUCAGCAGAAACAGAUAGAAAAUGUCUUACGAAGAUAUAUUAAGGAAUAUGUGACCUGUCACACCUGCCGCUCCCCGGACACCAUCCUUCAGAAGGACACGCGGCUCUACUUCCUGCAGUGCGAGACCUGUCAUUCUCGCUGUUCCGUGGCGAGCAUCAAGACCGGCUUCCAGGCUGUAACGGGCAAGAGGGCGCAGCUCCGUGCCAAGGCCAACUGAGCCCACUGCGCAGUGGAGCUGCUAAGGACCUGCCGGAGGUGCUGACUGGACAGUUUUGUUAAGUGAGGGUGCUUUUUGUAAUUGCUCCAUUUCCUAACGUGAGUACAGGUUAGUCACAUUGAUAAAAAAAAAAAAAUCACAAUUCCAGACACACUGGGAUUGUUUUAGAUUUUUACAAUUUGGAUGUUCCGUUUUGCUCUUUUUUUUUUUUUUUUUUGCCUCUUAAACACUCAAUUCUCAAUAUCCAUUUCAGAAAAGUGAAUUAAAGUAACUUUGAAGUUUCCUUUUAUUCUGAAGGAGCCUGUUUUAGUGCAGUGUUAAUAUCUGAGAGCAGUAUUUAAUACUUAGUUUUCAACUUGGUUGAUAAUUAACGAGAGCAACAUCAAGUGCUCGUAUCUGUGAUAAAGGCCGUAUAGCUAAUAUCAGUCUUGAAUUUAUAGAUGAUGAUCCCAUUGAAUUAAAGUCCAUCAAACAGUCCUCUGAAGUAGAGAUGGUGUGGACUGUUUUUUUUUUUUUUUCCCCCCUGGUUGAAAUCAUUACUCUGAAACUUGAACGUAUUUGUUUUGUAAUUGCAUACUACAUGUGCUCUGCCAGUCAUGAACAAUCGUAGGUCAUAAACAGUGUCAAGGCAUCAUCAACGGAAUCGUUUUUAGUAAUUUAAAGUUGGCUGAACCAGGCUAACAUGCUGAUCUAGCAUCGGAUUCCCCCACUUCAUAAAGCAUGCCUGGCUGAACACCUCGAUUUCCAACACAUGUCUCUGAAGCCGAGCUGAUCAGGGAAUUCAAGUCGAUUGAUCACCACAUGUAAAAUACACUGGGUUUUGUCACUGUGAGGAAUGUGUGGUAUACAAUAAACAAGGCUUGAAUUCAUUUUAAAUGUGCACGUUUAAAUUUGAUCUGUUAUUGCUUUCUGUUGAGUAUUCUGCAGUUAUUUCUACCCACGUAAGUCCUUUGGAAUGUGGGUACAUGAAGGGUGAAUCCUCAUUUCGUCACACUUUUUUAAUGCCUCUUCAUACCACUUAACAUUGUAGUAGUGGUUAUGUUACGAUCUGUAUCUGAUUUCUGUGAUGCUUUAGGCAACAACUGCUAUGAAGGCCUAACAAAUACGGUGCCAGUGUUUGCAGUAUCUGUCCACAAACCUGUUUAACACCUGAUUUGUAUUCUCGGAAAUUACAGCUAGCAUGUAACCCAUUUUUAUCCAUAUUUACUUUAGGAUUCAUUGACCAAAACAGUUAUACAACCCAAUGUUAGUCAUCUGUCUAAUAUAUACAGACUCUCCUCUACUUACGAACUUUCAGACAUAUGAACAAAGAGGACUAAGUCCAAAUUGUAUCCGUUGGGCUCUCGUUUCCUGUCUGCAACAUAAUUUUUUUUUCUGCUCGCCAAUUCCGCCUAGCUUACGAAUUCUGGCUGCUACUCCCGCCGCGCAACAGCGUAGCUUGUGUACACUCAGCAUCCUAGUUCUUUGUACUUGCGUAUACCCUUAAAAUGAUGUUGAAUAACUACUUCAAAUGAAUAACAUUUCAAGUUACAAACGGCUGUUCAGAACGUAACUCGUUCGUAAGCAGGAGAGCGUCUGUAGUCUUACUAAAGACAUCAAAAAAUAAGUGCAGAAUCAUUUACAUAAUGUAGUUUAAGCGAAUCAUGUAUUUUGUGAUGAGAUGAUAGUACUUUAUUGAGGCCGUGGGGAAAUUCUCUUAUACUGCCCCAUCUUACUCUCCAUGAUACACAGACACAUAUGUAGGUAAGAGCAAGCUUGGCGGUGAAGGACAGCCAUCUGUAGUGGCACCGUGGAGCUGGGGUUAAUGGCCUUGCUCAGGGGUCCACAGUGACUGUUCUGCCAAGGCUGGGCUCAAACCAGCAAUAUUCCAAUCACAAGCACAGGCUUAGCCAAGUGAGCCACAAGCUGCCCCCAUAUAUAAUUGUAUUCUAUGAUGAGACAGUUCUAUUUAUGUUUUACACUGGUGUAGCUUAAUCUGUGCUGCUACACUGGCUGAUAAAAAUUACAUGGUCAAUAGUAAGUCCUAAAUGUAAUGUUCACUAACAGUGACUGUUUCUGACAGUUAUCAUUUGAGAGCCAGCAUGAGGCUUCCUGUGUAAGGACUCUGUACCCAUAGCCUAAAGGUCAUUGUAAUAUGGUCCCAUGGCCAGUCUCUGACACUGUUGGGCCCUUGAGAAAGAGCCUUAACCCCAGUUACUGUCCAAUCUUGCUUUCCAAAAAAAAAAACAAAAACGUAGGCCUCUGGAUAAAGGUAUGUGCUAAAUGAGUAAAAUGUGAAGAUUCAGUAAUUUGGUAAACUUGGAAGCCAUUCCAUUUCUGUAAGAGAUACAUGUUGACAGGAAUAGUAAAAGUGAACAGAUUUUUCACUGCAGCUUCUUUUUAUUAAUCACCUUCACAAUCAGAAGCUGCUGAACGGGAGGGUAAUGAAAACCAAACAACUAAGAGUAUCAUGAGGUGUAAAGCUGAUCCAGGUGCUGUUUGGUUUGUUGACAUUAUGAAACUUUUGGAUGUUGGCAAAAGUUUGCCGCUGCUGCAUAUGGGAGACUCAAUUUAUCUGCUCGGAUACAGGACUCCCAUGUGCAUAGGUGUGUGUGGGGGUGUUGAGGAGUUUGGCAGGCUGAUUAGAACCUGGUGUGGCACAGAGGAUUUUCACUUUAAGUUGCUGUAGACGUGCGAGGCCUCGCUCAUGAUAAACCAGGAGCACCUCCAAAGGCCAUGGAAAAUGGGGCCAGAGUCUCACUGUGCUCAAGCAUGAGCUUCUGUGUAACAUCACUCUGUGCAAUGGCUGACGUGACAACUGCAUGAGUAAUGGCCCUCCCUCUCUCUGCCUGGACCUCUGGAAACUGAACCGUUUUAUCCCUUUCUUUAAAUUUGGAACUCAAGACUUUUGAAUGUCCCCGUUCAGCUGAAAAAGGGCACUAAGUUCAGAAUUUCUAAAAUGGUUUGCAGUGUUAAUCUGCUCUUGAUAAUUUUUUUGUGUAUUUACUGGAACAUUUGCAACAUGUUUUAAUUAUGUCAUGUGUGAUACAUUAAAAAGAGGAUUCCAUA